GUGUGGACCUUUAUUUAUUAAAUUGAAUCAUUUUGAUCUUACAACGCCAAUUCAGUUCUGUUAACAGUCCAUCAUGUCCACCGGUUAACCCAACCAGCACCAUGUUUCUCCACGUCAUCCUUUUCGCCGCUCUCUAUGUAAUUACCACCCAUUUUCUCCACAAAAUCCGGAAGCUACCGCCGAUCCCAUUUCCAACUCUGCCCAUAAUCGGCCAUCUCCACCUCCUCAAGAAACCCCUCUACCGUUCCCUCUCGAAAAUCGCAAACCAGCACGGCCCACUUAUUCUCCUGCACUUCGGCUCUCGCCGUGUCCUAGUCGUCUCAUCUCCGGAGGCCGCUGAAGAAUGCUUCACCAAAAACGACGUCGUCUUCGCAAACCGCCCCCAUCUUCUCGCCGGUAAGCAUCUGGGUUACAAUUACACUAGCCUUGCCUGGGCCUCGUACGGUGACCACUGGCGAAAUCUGAGGCGAAUCUCUUCAAUCGAGAUUCUCUCCACGAAUCGUCUCCAAUUGCUUUCCGGCAUACGCAGCGAUGAGAUCCGAUUGCUGGUUCAGAAGCUCUUCAAGAAUCAAAAUCAAACGGUGGAUGUGAAAUCUGCUUUUUUCGAGCUAACGUUGAACGUGAUGAUGAGGAUGAUGGCGGGGAAGAGGUACUACGGUGACAGCGUCGCCGAGGUAGAAGAGGCGAAGAGGUUUCGAGAUUUAAUAACGAAAACGUUUCUAUACGGCGGCGCAACUAAUAUGGGAGAUUUUUUACCAGUAUUGAGGUGGGUAAGUAAUAGUGAAAAAAGAUUGGUAAACCUGCAGGAAGAGAGGGACCAAUUCAUGCAGGAACUGGUAGAUGAAUGUAGAAGGAGACUGGAAAAUGAAAAUAAAAACAAUUCUUUACCCGGAGCGAAGAAUAAGACCAUGAUCGAAGUGUUGUUAUCUCUGCAAAAGUCAGAACCCCACAACUAUAGAGACGAAAAUAUUAGAAGUGCAAUGCUGGUUUUGCUAGCAGCAGGCACUGACACAUCGGCAGGUACAAUGGAGUGGGCAAUGUCACUUCUUUUGAACAAUCCGGAGGCACUGAAGAAGGCUCAAGUGGAAAUGGAUAACGUGGUGGGGAGCAGUCGAUUGGUGGAAGAGUCAGAUUUGGGUAAGCUUUCUUAUCUUCAUUGCAUCAUAAAUGAGACCAUGAGGAUGUACCCAGCGGGUCCAUUGCUACUACCACAUGAAUCAUCACAGGAAUGCUUUGUUGGGGGUUACCGAAUUCCACGUGGCACAAUGUUGUUGGUGAACCAGUGGGCCAUACACAACGAUCCCAAGAUAUGGGGGGAGCCUGAAAAAUUUAGGCCGGAGAGGUUCCAAGGUUUGGAAGGAAACAGAGAUGGGUUCAAGUUGAUGCCAUUUGGGUCGGGGCGGAGGAGCUGUCCAGGAGAGGGAUUGGCUACGCGGAUGGUUGGAUUGACGCUGGCUUCAGUUAUUCAAGCCUUUGAGUGGGAAAGGAUUGGUGAGGAAAUGGUGGACAUGACUGAAGGGACUGGGCUUACCAUGCCCAAGGCCCAGGCUUUGCAGGCCCGGUGUCGUCCACGUCAAGCCAUGGUGGACUUGCUUUCCAAAAUUUAACGAAGCCAAUUGUUCUUGUGUUUCUUUACCCUUUUUCUCUUCAACAAACGUUUACUUCUCCUCCUCUUUCCUUCUUUCUUUCCCCCCUAAAACGAAAAAAAAAAAGAAAAAGAAAAAAAUCUUUCUUUCCCCCCUUCUUUCCUCCCCCUCCUCCUUUCUUUUUCCGCUGUCUUCGUUUUCCUUUGCAGCCAUCUAUCUUUGCCUCUUUCCCGCUUCUGUGACAUGUGAUGUUGAGAAUGAUGUACUCCUAUUUUUAUAUUUUCAUUUAUGCUUAAAAUUAAUGAAAAAAUUAUUG